AUGCUCAGGCAAAAGCAGUUUGUAAAAAAGACAAAAUCUGGCAAGGUGCUCAAGGUGAUCAAGGAGCACUACUUACGUGAUGAUAUAUGGUGCUCCGCUGAGGCAUGCAGGGAGUGUGAACACACAGAACCUAUCCUCAGUGCAACCCCUAAUAUCAACAAGCUUGUACCCUCGCCUCACUAUCUCAUACCCGAUACCAACAUCUUUAUGAACCAGAUCGAUGUCAUGGAAAAACCUCAGAUCACAAAUGUGAUUGUAUUGCAGACGGUUUUAGAAGAGGUCAAACAUCUGUCCUUACCGAUCCAUAAGCGUAUGCGAGAUAUUAUUAGCAACAAAGAAAAAAGAUUUUAUGUGUUUUCAAAUGAACAUCACCGAGAAACUUUUAUUGAGAAAGUGAAAGACGAAACUCCUAAUGAUCGAAAUGACCGAGCGAUUCGUGUGGCGACCAAAUGGUAUGGAAAUCAUCUUCGAGAGCAAGGUCUGAAGCCUGAAGUGUCUGUUGUGAUGUUGACCGACGACGCGGCUAACCGAGCUAAAGCAAAUGCAGAUGGACUUGAAGCGUUUUCAGUGAAGCGAUAUGUGGAAGCAUUAGAUAAUACAGAAUUACUAGACAUGAUCUCGGAUGCAAAGGAACUAGAUGAUGGGCAACAGAUAUUAUAUAUGGAGCAUCUUUCACCUGUGCAUUUAUCGAACGGGAUCAAAAACGGGAAGUACUAUCAAGGAAAGCUAGGAAUCAGCAGCCACAAUUAUUUAGAGAUUGAUGGAGUUGAAAACACAAUCCUGAUCGUGGGACGAGAGAAUCUAAAUCGUGCGGUGGAUGGAGACAUUGUUGCUGUAGAGUUGUUACCGAAAUCAGAGUGGCGUACGACUCCAACAGGAGUUGUCAUCACUGAGGAAGAGGAAAAGGAGGAAGAGAAGGACUUGAAGAGUGGCCAUGGGUCAGAAUCAGAUAUACACCAAGACCAAGACACACCAAUGGAGGACGCUACUAAACCAGCAGUAGUAACACCCGAGGAAUCAGCUUUAGAUACACCUCAACCGUGCGGAAAGGUUGUUGGCAUCAUUCGUCGUAAUUGGAGACAAUAUUGUGGGUUUAUUGACCGCAAAACAGUAAAUACUCCAGCAGGAUCAAGCGCUCCCAUCAAUGUCUUGUUCUUUGCGAUGGAAUCUAAGAUCCCCAAAAUCCGAUUCAGGACUCGUCAGGCACACACUCUUUUGGGUCAACGAAUCAUUGUCUCAAUUGAUUCAUGGCCAAAAACAUCUCGGUAUCCGAUAGGACAUUUUGUCCGCUCACUGGGUGAAGCAGGAGACAGAUCCACAGAGACUGAGGUCUUGCUUUUGGAGCAUGAUGUGCCUUUCCAUGAAUUUUCGAAACAGAUAUUGAGUCUAUUACCACCGGAGGGAGAGAAUUGGGUAGUCAAGCCUGAGGACUUCCAAGGGCGUGAGGACUUUAGGAUGUUGAAUAUCUGUAGUAUUGACCCGCCUGGCUGUACUGAUAUCGACGAUGCUCUUCAUGUAUUACCUUUAACUAAUGGCAACUAUCAAGUGGGAGUACAUAUUGCAGAUGUCACUCAUUUUGUCAAGCCAGGUAACGUAAUGGAUCAAGAAGCCGCCAGUCGUGGAACAACUGUUUAUUUGGUGGACAAGCGCAUUGAUAUGUUACCCAGUUUGUUGGGAACCAAUUUGUGCUCGUUACGGUCCAAUGUCGAACGUCUGGCAUUUUCCUGUAUCUGGGAACUCAACUCGGAGGCCGAUAUUGUCAAUGUUCGGUUUACAAAGAGUGUGAUCGCCUCUAAAGCUUCUCUUACAUAUGAGGAGGCUCAGAAUCGAAUUGAUGAUGAGCGUAUGCAGGACGAUGUGACCAAAGGAAUUCGAAUUCUGAACCAACUAGCCAAAAAAUUGAAACAGAAGCGUCUUGAUAUGGGAGCAUUAACGUUGGCGAGCCCUGAGGUCCGGUUCAAUCUGGAGCGCGAUACGCAAGAUCCCGUGGACGUAGAGAUGAAGGAGUUGAAGGAAACAAAUGCUUUGGUAGAGGAAUUCAUGUUACUGGCCAACAUUUCAGUGGCACAAAAGAUUUAUGAAAAGUUUCCGGAUUCAGCCAUGCUGCGCUGUCACCCUACGCCACCAGCGACCAGUUUCGAGAAACUAGAGAAAGCAGUGGCUCGGAUGGGUAUUACAAUUGACCAUUCGACUUCAAAAGCACUUUCGGAUUCGUUGGAUAAGGCUGUGAUACCCGAGGAGCCAUAUUUCAACAAACUGUUGAGGAUCAUGACGACACGUUGUAUGAUGCAAGCGCUGUAUUUCUGCUCUGGCACAAAAGCAGUACCUGACUUUAGGCAUUAUGGUCUUGCAACUGAAAUUUACACGCAUUUCACAUCACCUAUCCGCCGUUAUUCCGAUGUUAUGGUCCAUCGUCAACUGCAUGCUGCGAUUGACCCUAACGUCACAUAUGGCCACGAAUUGACUGAUAAGGAGGAUAUGAACGAACUUUGCUCAGUUUUGAACCAUCGUCAUCGUAUGGCUCAGCAAGCGGGCCGUAGCUCUGUAGAACUCUUCACUCAUUUGUUCUUCAAGAACAAGGUUGAGGAAGAAGAAGGCUACGUAAUUCGUAUUCUCAAAAACGCAUUCAUUGUUCUUGUACCUAAGUAUGGUAUUGAGGGUAUUGUUUACGCGACCGCCAAGGCCAAGACAACU